AAGCUUCGCGGCACACCUGGUGGUGAGCAUCUCUAGCAAGAGGAGAAGGCAAGGAUAGGCCCAGGAGUAAUGGAGUCCAAAAAUCAAGAAGUAAAAGAUCUCAACAUGGAAAAUGACCACCAGAAAAAGGAGGAGAAGGAAGAAAAGCCGCAAGAUACUAUCAAAAGGGAGCCAGUUGUGGCCCUGACUUUUGAGGCUGGCAAAAACUGUGCGCCUAGAGGAGGUCGCAGGUGGUUCCGGGUUAGGCAGCCCAUCGCUCACUACAGAUGGGACCUGGUGUAUAGGGUUGGGGAGCCCCAGGCAAGGAUGAGAGAGGAGAAUGUACAGAGGUUUGGGGAGGAUAUGAGACAGCUCAUGGAGAAGUUACGGGAAAAGCAGCUGAGCUAUACCAUGCGUGAUGUUAGCACCGACCCCCCUCACAAUGACCACCAUGAUGAGUUUUGCCUUAUGCCCUGA